AUGAAUCAUUCAAAAUUAUUUGGUUAAAUGAACUAACCACAGCAAAAGGUAAAUUAUUAAGUUGGUCAUUUUCAUGGACGCAUUAAUGUGCUUAUAUGCAUUAGCAAGGUGGGUACCACAUGAGAGGUACAAUUUACUUAUUGAGUGAAUAUGAUUGUCCGUCAACUAGAUUUCAAGUAUGUUUAUUGACAAACAUUUUUUAUGAGAAGAGAGUCAUUUUUUAUUGUGAUAGUCACAAAAAGAAUAGAGACACAAGAUGUAUGAUGAUAUAGUUUGGAUGAGGACUUUAAGGACUUUGAAAACUAAGAAGUACUUCAAUUCCUCCACGAGAAAGAAUGAGGCUCUUCCAGGCAUCUCACAUCUUUUCCACUCUUUGGUUGAUGAAAUAGAAUGUUCCUUUCAUUAAAUUUCUCCACACAGUCGGAACCCCAGAUAUUUACAGUGGCAAUUAGAGGUGGUAAAACUAAUGUGAGCAAUAAGGGUUAAUAUCUUAUUUUGGUUCGAACUACACCCAUAUGAUCAAGUUAGGCCCGUAGUUUCAAAAAUUACUAUCACGGCCUCAACUAUUCAUGAUAUAGACUCAAUUGCCCAGACACGUGGUUUGAACGUUAGUCAACUAGCCAGCUCACUGCCAUGUUAGCACCAAACAAAAGAAAAUUCAAAAUUAUUUUAUUAUUUCCUUUAUCUAAUUGAUAAAUAAUGAAAAAACCAAAAAUUAAUUUCGGCCAGCCAUCGUAAGCUUAUCCCCUCACCUCUUUCUGAAGAUGUUGUCGCUUGCAAGAUCUACUCCUUAUCCAGAGGCCAGAACCCUCACCCGCUCUUCCCACUCGCCUCUGUUCGUUGUUUAGUCGUCAAUAUGGUAUUAUCUUCCCUUCACCACCCAACGCUCUCUGUCCAUUUCUUUCUAGACCAAGCCUUCCCCACCCAUCGCUCUCUAUCCUAUCAUUUCCAGACUAGAUCAGUCAUUCCCCACCCAUCGCUCUCUUCUGUAAAAGGCGAGCAAAGUGAACUUUGAGGGACCAUAGUAGCAAGGGACCACUUCAAAAGAAUUGUGUUUGCUAUUCAGCUGAGCUAAACAAUCACUAUCUCUCUUAACAAUCAUAAAAUUACGUCCAAGAAACAAGAUUUAGCCAUAUGUAGAAUGAUGUGCAGUGGAGACUGGAGACUAAACAAUAAUAGUUGAUUUGUCUUUGUCGGGUGAGUGAAGUGAGCUUAGAAAGAUGUAUUUUUGGAUUUGUUUAUGUGCAGGAUGAAAGACCAAAUUGAGCUCAUUUUAUGCCAUGGAGGUUUUAUGGAUAUGUCAAAGGUUAUUCCAAAGGACGUUGGAGGUGAUGAAGCUAUGGUAAAUCUGCUUGUCGAUAUACUAUCAUAUUUUGAGAUCAUCAAGACACUAAUUGAAGAUUUGAGUAUGUUUCUGUGGAAAAGAUUUUGUACUUGACCCCGGGGGAAAGUAUGGCCACUAGAUUUCAUGAAAUACAUUCGGACAUGGAGAUGAAUAAUGAUGAAUGGAUUACUUUAAGAUGCAGCUAAAGGAGAUGUAAGGCUCUACAUUGAAGCAACCAAAGACAUUGGUGAUGAUGGAUUUAUGGGUGACAACUAUGGCCAUGAUUGUGAUGGAUCAUAUGCGGAGGGUGAAAGGUCUUGGUGGUACUGAGUAUGCAGAUUUUAUAUAUGGCUCAAGAACCGAAGCUCUUUUGUCGGAUGUUCAUGAAGACAUUCUCCAAGAGUGACUCGGUGGAAAGCAACAUAUGUGAAUCAUUCAACAACUGGAUAUUGCGAUUCUGGUCUCUUAGAUCGAUUUCAAUGUUGGAGGGGAUUCGAGUGUCUAUUAUGACUCGAAUAGCGAAGAACAAAAGAAUGAUGAAUCAGUGGAAGGAUGUUUUCUCACCGGUGGUCAAAGGCAAACUGGUGAAGGCAAAGCAUGAAGCGAGAAUGUGUACUAGCCGUCCCUACUCAUAUACGAUGCAUGAGGUAUCUAUUGAUGGCAAGGGCUUUGUGGUUGCUAUUGGUGGGCACUCAAUGGUAUCCCUUGCUGCCAUGCUUUUGCAUCCAUCAUAUACAUGAGACAUAAACAAGAUAGCUAGGUCAAUGAUUACUUCAAGCUGGUGUUCGUCAAAUUAGCAUACAAGUAUCCCAUUCCUCCAUCUGAAGGGCGGCAAGCAUGGAUGCCCACAUUUGGGAACAAGGUUUACCCACCUAGGAUUAGGCGCAUGCCUGGUCAUCCUAAAAAUAAUUAAGAAGGGAGGCUUAGGAGAUCCGGAGCAGACCAACUAAAAAUGGAAUUAGGAAGGUUGCUAGUCGGGAGAACCUCAUAGUUCAUUGUGGGAAAUGUGGUGGAGAAGGCCACAAUGCGAGGACAUGUAAGAACGAGCCUACUGCCCUAGAGACUACAACACCUACAAGGAAGAAGCUAGCACGACCGAAUCAUAGGCCACUCGUUCCUCAAUCAAAUGAGGAAGCCAGAAGAGAGAAUCAGGUAACUUGAAAGUACCUCCCAAGCACCAGUAACAAUAUUGAUUAUGUUUGACAUGUUGAAUGUUAUAGCAGCCACGAAAAAGGAAGAAUGGGUGUUGCUCGAAGUGUUGGUCCGAGCACCAUAUUGUAAAACGUUAUCCAUUGAUUGUAGCAAUUAAGGUAACCAUUUUUUUUAACUAUGCGAGCAUAGAGACCACAAUGCAUGGAAUGAAUGAAUGCUAGUCCUCUAUGAAUGUGUAGGCUCCCCAUGUGGGCUUGAAUAGUAGAAAGGUAAUUAAUCAUGAAAUGAGAAGAGCUAUGCAAGGCAUUGGAACAUAUAUUGAGAUGGAGACUGGAAACAUGUAUUCAAGGGUAUGUUCAUCUCAUUGUGUUUAGUGUUUGUAAAAACUUGUUGCUUUUUCUAUUCCUAAUAUGAAGAAGCUCGUGUUUUGCAUCUUAGUGACAGAGUUCUAGUACCUGGUGGUGUACUACCAACAAAACUGGACCUGCCUCCUGUUAAUACCACACAGCCUCCGACUACUCAACCAGAGUCUCCUUAGGGAUCCAGAAGAAGCUAUGUUUGGAAGUAGAUAACUAUGUUUGGUAAUAGAUAGGACUCCAGUUUGUGUACAUGCUAUGUGCAUGUUACAGAUCCUAGUGAUUCGUUGGAGUGUAGAAAGAAGUAUGGUGUUGCAUUUUGUACAUUUGUAGGACAUGAGAUCGGAUUUAAAGCAACUCCAGGGUUAGGAUUUUCCCUUUUGUACAUGGUCUGGACAUGUUCUCAAUCCUAAGCUAAGGUCCGAACUGGAGUCUAAGUUAAAGUAUGUAAUGAGAACAUUAGCUCAUGUGUAAGUAUUCUCCCUUUUGUAAAUGGUAUGGACAUGUUUGAAUGUUCAAUAAGUUUAUGACUAUGAAUGAAUUGUAUAUGUUCAAUCCAGCGCAAUAGAAAUAAGUUCAUUGCAGUCGUUGAAGAUUACACAUAUUAGACAUGAGGCUUUCAGUUAAACAAGCUUACAAUUGAACAAGCACCAAAACAGAAAGGACUAUGACUAAAAAGAUUACACAAAUGGUUAGUCAUCUUUGUAGCGCAAAUCGCUUUUCUCAUACUUUGCAAUUCAAGAAAACUAGUUGAACUGAUAUUUGUAACCUUCGUCAAGUCUUCAAGCAUCGUCAACUUCUCAUGUUUCCUCUUCUUUGCCUUCUCUUCUGCCCUACAAAGCUGCCAUUGAAGUGCCGCCAAUGUCGACUUCAGCUGAUCAUUCUCUUCCAUUACUCCACCAACCAUACAGUCGCUAUCUGUCGCUCCAUCAACGGGCAAGAAUAAAACAAACUUUGAGAUGAAGUUGUAUCUGGGAACCUGCUCUUAUAAAUUGUUUGCUACUGUCAAAAUGGGCGACAUAGAUGGUUCAUGUUAUUUCUUCCGUUUAUGAAGUUCUUUUUGUUGUACAUGUUCUGCAAAUGCUUUAUCCAUCAUAGUACAGACAUGCAUAUUAAUGAUGCGAGGAAAUUGAUAAGUUUACAACUAUAUUAGAUAAAGUUUCAUAGAUGUG